AUGAAUAUGUUCCAACUAUUAUUCACAAAAUUUGCUGAUAUUUUAUUAUCAUCCAGAACCUUUCCGUUCUUGUAAUGUCAACCAUCCAUCUAAAAUUAGACAAAAGAAAUGGGUGUAAUUUGGACUAAAGAAAUGAAUCUAAAUGUUAGACAGUUACUCUAAAACAAUUGGAGAACAUCUUAAUCAAAUGAAAUGAUUGUGUAAUUUUUUAUUGAAAAUGAUGGAAACUCUUUUUUAGUUGAAGAAUGGUGUCUAAUUUAAUAACAAAGUACUAUUCCUAAUCAGUUAACCAGUAAUAAAAAGAAUAAUACCUUACUAAAACAAUUAACAAUUUGGUUAAGAUCUGCAAUUGCUAUGAUGACUAUGACAACUAUAUUUAAAGAAGAAUUCAUAACGAAAUAAUAUAAAGUUUCACAUAGUUUAUUAUUUUAUAAUAAGAAUACUAAAAAAAGAAGUGAUUGGAUAGAUGACUCAAAAUUAUAAGUUAAAAAGAUUACAACAAAAUUUCUUAACUAAUAAAAUCUAUAAUUGACAAUAGCUUAAUAAGGAUCAUUAGAUUAAGUAUUAUUAAAGAGAAUGAAUAGAACAGAAUCACCAUUAUAUAAAAGAUGUCGUUAUUUGAGUGAAUAAAUUUGUGAUAAAGAUUCAUAAGCAUAUUAAAGGAAAAUGACUAUGGAUUCUGAAUAGUGGGAUUAAUAAAAAUCUCAUAUCAUAGAAAACACUUCACCAUCUUCUACAAACAAUCUAAAUAGAUCAUUCAUUUCAGUAUAUUCUAGGAAAGAAGAAGUAGAAUUACUAUUUACAUAAGAAGAAGCUGCUUUAAAAUUAUAAGAUAAAAAUUUUCUAGAUGAGAAUUAUGAAAUAAAUAUGAUGACAAAUGAUCAUGUAUAAAAAGAAAUCUUUAUUUCUUAAAUUAUGAUUACUAAUAAACUUUCAAUAUAAGAAAAAAAUAAUCAAUAGUAAAUUUUAAACACUUUAAAGAAUAUUCAUAAUAAAUCAAAAAAUAGAAGAAUUAGAUCUCUUUAAAUUACUAAAUUAUUGAAUUUCUACAGAUAAUUUUCAUGA